ACCUUGGUUACCAUGGAGCGCUCCCACGUAUAACUGGCUGAGAUCAGGCGGUCUUUCGAGGUGCCAACACUGCUUCUUCGCUCCUUCAUUAGUGUCCUAUCUCAUUAUAUUCGGACCUUUCACCUGUAUCUCUACAACGAUGGGUGAACUAGAAAAAACGCCGUCUAUCCCUCUUUCUGAGGAGAAGACAAACCCCGAAACCUCUGUUACCGCCAUAUCCGAGUACGAUGAAUACCUCGGCCUUUGUGAGAUCAUGACAGAAGACAAGAUGAAGAAAUUGGUCCGAAAGAUCGAUAUCUAUGUGCUUCCACAGCUUAUCGUCUUGUAUCUCAUGUCCUACAUUGACCGCACCAAUGUCGGAAAUGCAAAGUUGUUUGGCGCAUUGCAAGAUAUGGGCCUCUCCGGACAGGACUGGAACACAGCUCUAUCAGUCUUCUUCGUCACCUACGCUCUGGGAGCUGUACCAUCGAAUAUCAUGCUGCAAAAGUUUGGUCCUCGCAUUUGGUUGCCAACCAUCAUGCUGGCCGUCUCCAUUAUUCUCAUUUGCUGCUCUUUACAAAGUACGAUGGCUGGCUGGACCAUCUUCCGUGUGCUCCUCGGCCUAGUGGAGGCUGGUGUUUUCCCUGGGUGCUCUGCAGUCCUUACAACCUGGUAUUCGCCACAUGAAGUCCACACCCGCAUGACUAUCUUUUAUAUGGGUGCCUCGGCUGCCGGUGCCUUCUCUGGUCUAUUAGCGUACGCUAUAGGGCAGCUCGAUGGCACUUGGGGCUAUAGAGGAUGGCGCUGGAUUUUCUGCCUCGAGGGUGCCUUUACUGCACUGCUAUCCAUUGCCGCCUUCUGGAUCAUUCAUGAUACACCAUCGAAGGUAUCCUGGCUGACGUCAGAAGAGAAACGAUUCGUGCUCCUUAGGCAUAAGUUUGCUGCUGGUGGCGAGUCUGGAAUUGCAGAGAAAGAGGAGUUCUCCUGGGCUGCUGUUAGCCAGUCGUUUCACGUGUAUGCGUGCGUCGUUAUGGAAUUCACUCUCUGUGUCGUUGUCUAUGGUGUUUCCUUUGUCUUACCAACAAUCAUCAAGAAUCUCGGAUACUCGGCAGCGACUGCACAAGCCAUGACUGCCCCACCCUACAUCUUCGCCUGCCUCGUCACUGUCUUCUCCGGCUGGGCAGCAGAUCGCUACAAGCAACGAAUGCUCUCCGUACUCUUACCUAACCUCCUCGCUAUGAUCGGCUUCGUUAUCAUCAUCGUCAGCGUACGAUAUAAAGAGCUUCCAGGUGUAACACUGUUCGGCAUCUUCUUCGCCAUCGGUGGUCUAUAUCCCAUCUCACCAGCAGUGACUGCGUGGACGGCACUGAACCUCGCCGGCACGAUGAAGCGCUCUGUUGGAAUCGGCGCUAUGAUAGCAUUCUCGCAGCUUGGCGGUAUCGUUGGCUCGAAUAUCUAUAUCAGCACUCAGUCACCGCGCUACCCUGUUGGUUUCGGAGUCAGUAUAUCGAUGCUGGGACUGUGUGGCAUCAUUUGGCCUGCUUGCUAUUUCUUCAUACUCAAGAGAAUUAAUGCGACUCGUGCAAAGAUCUCGACUGAGGAGGUACGGGCAAAGUACACCGAUGCGGAGUUGGCGGAGAUGGGUGAUGAGAGUCCUCUGUUUAGGUACUCGACUUAAGUGGGAGGAGCCAUAAUUGUACAUCAACUAGUCUAGCCGGCUGUCUGUAAUAUUGCCCAAUAACUAGGGUGAUGUGUGGAGUUGAAACCCUUCAAAAUCACAUCUCAGGAAUAUAGAAAGGAAGACAUGCC